CUUCACAGUUCAGUCUUCACAGAAACAAGAAGAUGACAACUAUCAAGGGCACUACAAAAAGCGUCGAAGAGGGUGGCGUCUCCCACAACUUCAUGCUCCUGGAAAAAGACUCCAGGUUCAAUUGGGCCCUAUUUCUGAGAGGAAUACUUUAUGUAGAGCUUAUUAUAUUCAUCGGAUUCGGGGGUAUCAUUGGGCUGACGAGGUAUACUGGUUGGAUUGGUCAACCUUUUGAGCCGGUGGAGUUCAUAAACAAUCCACCUCCACAACAAUGUUGUGAACGGUUGCAAAAAUUCCUCGAGUCUCAAAGCCUAGCGAGAGAGAAAAUCGACGCGCUAAUAUUGAGGAAACGAUCAGUGACAGAUGAGAAAUUUGAAAGGACUGAGCCUGAUUCAUCACUAGUCUCAAUUCCUGAGAGCUCUCCACUAGUCGUUGAAAUUCCAGAAGUCCCUCAAGUCCCUGAAGUUCCGGAAGUCCCUGAAGAUUCAUCUACUCACCAGGAGAUACCAGCGAACGCUAUCAACGACUCAAAUCCAGAAUUAAAAGAGUUCCCUAACAAAAUUGAAGCUCCAGCAGACGAUGCAGUGGAUUCGCAAGUGGAUCAAGAGACUGAAGCAUCUCAAGUGGUUCAAGAAUCUACGGAGAAGAGUCCUGGACAAACUAAAAAGAAGUGUGAUGGUGAGAUGGAGAUAUAUCUCGAGAAUUCCACUGUAUUUCCUCUGUGGUCAAAUCAGUGUGUUCAUGUGCAGACUUUAGUAGAUGCGUUGAGGUACAGAGCUGGUUGGAACAUGGACAGCUACAGAAGGAGCUUUCUACCAACUCCUCCGCCUUUCUUUUCCCGUUUUAAAUGAUCGUGGAGGACUUAGAUAUUCUGAAAAUAUUUUCUCGUGAAACUUUAAAUAGUGAUUAAAGAAGAUAAGAUUAAAUAAAACGCUUGGGUUAUCGGGGUUGAGUAAAAAUAA